GUCGGCUUCAUCGUCGGUGCAUCUUCGGUUUUGCACCGACCAGCAGCAGGAAUGUGUUUCUCGCAGAGGAAUCACUAAGAGUACAAGCCGAGCAACAGUACAGAGUACACAGCAAAGAAGUGACAGAGUAAGUACUUAAAUAGUUGUCGGAAUCUCUGGACAAGCGUUCCAUUGAUGUGGUUGUACUGAAAAAGUACCUGCCAACAUGCAGACCACGAUAUCGGUAGGUGUCCAAAACGGGAAAGCAAUGGGCUCGUCUUGCAGGUGCUGGGUAAAAGCGAGCAAGAGUUUCCUCCCGUGGCUAUUGCUACUUCAGCGAAUGUCGACUACAGGAGUCCUCGGUCGUUCUUCCACCCCAGAAACGCCCAGCAGGACGAGGCCAUCCGCUGGAACGUCUGUCUCUGUAGACGAAAAUGAAAGAGGAAAGGCCGCAGUUAGUGCUGUAGUUGAGCGGACGAGGCAACUGAGCGACGCUGACGCGGGCAGUGGUGGCGCGGCGGAGGAUGACGGUAGUGCAUCUGCGCAACACGACCAGGGGAGCUCCUGUGGAUUCCUGCUUCCCGACGGAAAAUCCACAGUGCGGUGCGCAAUCCCCUACCAAAACAUAUGGAGGGCAGGAAGUGAGUGAUCUUCCAGAUUGAUUGCUGCUAGAAGUCCUAGUAGUAAGAAAAAACCCAGGCGACGCGCUUUGGUUUGUCCUCAUGCAGAGCAUGCGCAAAGCCAUAAGAACCAAAUCCAAAACGUUACUCGAGCACCCGUGGAGUUGAUUGCGAAUUGGUGUGCUUUUUCCAAAGUAGCGAAGUUGCAUAGCAAGUGCGAUGUUUCAGUUUCUCCGGGCUAUUAAUUUAGUAGCAACUACAGACACGAAAAUCACUCACGGUCACUUCCGCUCUAUAUAACAGCUGCAGCGACGUGUUGCACCUCGUCAGUUCCUGCCCCGCCAGCUGCCCCUUCCUAUGCAACAAAAAACGUGUGUCACGUAGUGUAAAUCCGCAACAGUGCAAACAAUUUUCUUUCUAUGCUACAUUUUUCGUGCCCGCCAUUGUAUGAUGUGUGCUCACGUAUUUCUAGCGUUGCGUGGCAGUCCCAGUCUUUCCUGUCAUAGUCAUGCACUAGGUAGUAGAGCACGAUUGCAAAUAGAGAAAUGGGACGCUAUCACGGCAAGAAAUUUCAACUUGCACUGACACAGUUGUUUCCUUGGAUACUUUGUAGACCAGUCGCAGUACUUCCCCUGCUAUCCUCUUCAAAAGUGUCGCAGUCGUCACGAUAAAUUAGAUUGUCGCAGCCGUGACGAUCAAUAGGGGACCAAUUGCAUUCAUUUCUGCUCACGAGGUAGUGUGUAGUCAUGCGAUUUUCAUUUUUUUGUAUCAGUGCGCUGCCUCAUCUGCAUUGCAUACAUGCGUGGCGAAGUGCGUGGCCGAAGAAAAGUGCGUCGCCGGCUCCGGUUUGAAGGGCGUUGAAUUUGCCGACGCAACCACGCAAACCUGCAACGUGUGCGAGGUCGUCGGCUGCGUCUUGUAUCAUUUCUUUUUAUUUGCAACGUAAAUCUAAAUGUGAAAAUACUUCACUAGAAAUAGGACGAAACUUGUUAUGAGGUCCGGGUGCGGGGGCGAGCGCAAUGCUCGACAAAUAGUAGAAGAGUCCUGAAUUUUUUUUUUGCAGGUGCGACAACAUGAGUAGGAAAGUGUGCAAGGAGUGCAGUGAGCCGGCGUACAAGCUUGCAAGCGACGGAAGCUGCACCUACAUGCUCGACGCAAACGGAUUUGCCUAUUUUUCGUAUUUUAUGUUCGUGGCCAUCGCGAUCUGCCUGCCACACACGCUGAUCAAGCUUUUUCGUCCGGCCGGCCGGCCCGCUAUCGUGAAGGCGGCCGCCGAUCACGUAAAGCGGUGCUUUCCCACGGUUACGCGGACCGUUGAGAAUCCCGACGGGCGCGCAGUGGUGAGCUCGGAGGUCCCCAGCUACUGCCGGACCAAUAUGCAUCGCGACUACAUUUGCGGCGUUGGGGUACCGAUGUACUACAAUUGGCUGAUCUUCAUCGGUCUCUGGGCAGUGGUCGGCUACGGAAUUAGUGGCUAUGUCCAGCACCAGUCCACUACCCUAGUAGAGAAGAAAGCUAGCAUAAUAUAAUCACAUUGGUCGUGCAAGAAUGAACACAAAACGCAGCCAAGAGAUAAAUAAGAGCGAUGCUAGUAUGGGCUCGCCAAUGACAAUGAUGACGGUUUUUUUUGUUUUUUAUCUUUAUGAUUUCAAAAAAAGAAAAACAGACGUAAUAAUGUAAUUCUAAUUUUUGCAUUCAUUCCAAUCGAAUGUAUGUUGUGCUAGCUACUUUUUUGUGUGUGACAUCCGCGCUGUCUAAUGUGCCACUCUUCCGGGACGAGUGUCCAAACCUGGAAAACCUUCACGGCCUCAACAAGUACAAACCACCCGUGGGUACGCUCGCUGGCCCGGCUAAUGUCGCGGCCGUUGCGGGGACGCGGACGCGGUCAUUGCGAACAGAAGAAGCUAUUACAUCCGCAGCUGCAACAGCUUCAUCUAGAGUAAAUACUGUAUCUUCGGGACUACAUGUAGUACCAGAGUUUAUCGGCCGCGAAAAAAACCCACUGCAGCUGCCACAGCCAUUCGAACUCCUCGAUGGCAGGCAAGAAAGGCAGCUCUCCUCGUCGGAAGUGGCAGCAGCUCCCAGUACUACACCCUCAAACGAGGCCGGGGGGAUGUCUAUCUUGGAUACCAAGCAGUUGCUUGCGGCCUUCUCGCGCGACGCGGGUGUUUCGCACGGGGCACAGACCGGCAACUUUAAGGUUGUGGAGCUACAGCGGUACGAGUUCGCGCAGCUGGCAGAAAAGGCGAGUUGGAUUCUCAUCGUGUUUACCUUUCUCGCCGUUCUCCUUUUCGCUUGUUUUCAGAAGCGGGAGGAGCGCAUGUUCGAUGCGGACAACGCCGAUAUGAGCGACUACUGCUUCAUCGUGGAAGGGUUACCCACCCACGUACCCCUGAACCUGGACGAGGUGACGUCUUUCUUCCAGGAGAAGUGCGGCACCAGUCUAGCAAGCAGCCGGCGGAACUCCCCGCACAGCAGCGGCACCACCCUUUCAGCACCGAGCCGCAACCUCCUAAUCGGCACCAGUCUUGCGCACGACUACAAGGAGCACCGGGUUCUGCCCAAAAACGGGCUCUCUCUGGAUGACAUCUGCGACAAGGUGCUGUAUCCCUUGCAACCGUCCUGAUCGUGGUCACCACCAGGGUCUUCAGAAAAGCAAAUACUUUAUGUCUGAUUUCAAAUUUGGGGGUUGGAGCGCGGAACUACAAGCGGCCCACUUCCGUCCAUGAGCAAGAAAGCAGUUUCUCUCUGUGUCUUGGAGUGCACACCAGCGCAAGUGCAGCUUUUUCGUAUAAGUAUUGAUGAAAUUGAAGCGAAGCACUUUCAUUUUGGCGCGCGCGUGACGUCAUUCCAGAGAAGCAUGAAAGUGAAAGCAUUCCCGUUUCCCAUUGGUGGCACUUUGUUCUUGGAUAGGCCUGCCCGCGCGGACAAGAAGGUGCUCAAAACUGUUACAGCUCGCGUUGGUGUUACAGGCUCUGCUGUUACAGAUUCCUUUUUUCUUUGGCUGCUGCUACUCAUGCAGAUCGGGUUGCUUGACCCCUCAGUCUCAGUCGCGGUUGUACUCUCUUGAUACCGAUGUGCAUCGUAAACGCAAGAACUCUCGGAAGCGCAAUCGCAAAAUUGCCGCCCUGAUCUCAUCUCCCGAAGUUUGUAUGUGAGUGACGGAAACAAGUCAAAAUGUCUAUCAGACUCAGACAUUGCUUUCGAUGCUCACGACAGGAGCACGCGACAAACUUAUCACAGUUAUUUCAUUGUAAACGCAGAGAUUGUAAUAUCGCCUGAGCACAGUAUACCUGUGUACGAUGCGGAACGGGAAGAGUUUCUGUCGGGACAGAACAGCACGGGCUCCGCCUCAGCACGCGAGCUGCAGAUUACCGACUACCGGUUUCCCUGGAGCUGGCUGUAUUUGCAGGAGUUUUUCUUGUGCUUUCUCACGCCCACCGGAAAACAGCUGCGGGACGCAGUGGCACAGAGCAAAAAGCAAGAGAUAGAAGUCACCACCGAGCUCAGUGACCACAGCUCUGGACUCACAACGGCGGUCCCCCAGGGAUCCGCUUUACUCCAACCCGCCGGCGCGCCGAGCCUUGACCUAUUGGCCGCGCAGGAACGGGAUCCAGAAAUGCGGAAAUAUGUCAGUGUAUUGCAGAUACUCAUACUUAUUCUUAUGCGGAAUAAAGUUGUCCAAUGAAAAUGAUUAUGAAUGUUGUAUGUCUAUGUUAGUUUCAAAAAAUCAUUUUGCGAAUCAUCAAAGACCGCGAAGCGGUGGCCUCUACAAAGAAACCGCUCGGGAUCUGCAGGUUGGCCUGGUUGCGCCGGAUUUUACGGAGGAGCAGAUCGAGGAGCUGCGUGAGGAGUUGCGGCAAAUGCCGUCCUUAUCACACAAAAAAACUGUGUAGUUGAGUACCCCUAAUGUAGCUUUUCAACACCGCAGCAUUUUUUCUAGCGUACAAAUAUUUAUUCGCAUAAAAGAUUUUUUGCCGUGUGGCAGGUUUUAUUUGUGAGGCAGAACAUGCACCAUGCGCAUGCUGGUGGUGUUGCUGCAGCUGCAGUUGCCACCCAAAAAGAAGUUAGAGGUACACUACUAGCGCGGUUUUUUCCCUGGAGAGUGCGGGGGGGCGGUGUAUUGUUUUUGUGACUACGAAAAGGAUGUGGAUGUGUGUGUGCAGCGACUGCAGGCGGAGCAGCGCAAGGUAUUUGAGCGUUUUUCUCCCGCCGAGCUCGAGGAGAUUCGCCUUCGCAGUGCCCGCUCUGCAGCACCGCCCUCCGCGCCUUCCGCUCUCAGCAGUGCGGCGGCUACACGCAAAGCAUUGGAGGACGCAUUUCCGAUUAUGAUCUUCGAGCGGCACAUAUCGCGUGGAAAAGUGCUAGCAUCAUGUUGAUCCCGUUGGGUAGAGCAUGAACGAGGAUACGCGGCCAGCGGGGAUGAUGGUUGGGUCCCUUGUUCCAUGCUGAGAAUCAAACCGUGCACUUCUUGCAAGACACAACCAACUAUAUUUUGCAUGUGGUUGUAGCAUAAAAUGUAAUUCUAAUUCUUUUUACGUGAUUAAAGUUUUUUUCUACACGAUAGCACAACGUGGAACCAGGCGACAUUUUGUGGGGCAACUUCGACACAUCGAAGUCCUUCUACGAAAGUUGGAUAGGCGGCCCGAUCCGGUUCGUGAUCCAGAUUGUGUUGUACGGUCUCUUGAUGUAUGCGCCGGCGAUCGUCUUUAUUCUCAACUCCUUGCAGGAGUCUGCGAACGUGCCCUCGGGAUGGGCCAUGACCUUUCUUGGGAUCCUAUCUCGUGUAAAUACGUAGUACCCUCAACACCAGCAUGGUCAAGAUGGAAACUUCGCGUCACGAGUCGAGAAGUUUUGCCUGUAGUUGCGCAACAUGACCCGUGCAAACUGGCAGUGCGGUCGUGAAUGGGUACUAGUGAAGCUACGUCAACAAGUUGCGCAGUCUGAUUGCUUCCUCAAUGCAUGACAAACGUCCUCCAAGCACCAAAAUGCUUCUCGUGGGCGGGCCACCCACGACUUGACACAUCCUGGGCAUGCAAAUUUAGGUGAAAACGAUCUGGUACUGGUUUGGGUAGCAAGUGCGCUUUUGCGCAGGAUAGAUCCUUUUUUCCAGUGGCAACGGUGUGGUUGGACUCAUGUUUUGGUACAUCGCUGUCGCCCUCCCCUUCCGCUACCGCAGGUCGCAGUGGCUUGUGGUCAUGAUCAGCUAUUCCGCACUUUUUGUCCUGAACACCGGCUUUUCUGUCUAUAUCGUGUUUGGCCAAGUGUUUUUCGGCGAAAAGGCCGAGCAGCGAGACAAGGACGCUUUAGGAGAGGAAACCUAUUUGGGCAAGCAACUGUAUGAGGUAAAGCAAAGCAUUACUUCUGUCUCCUAUUUUGCUUCGACCUCAAAACAUGUUUUUGCUAAGACGAUAACAAAAUUCAGCUAAAAUAUAAUUUUGAGAAUUAUUUGGCUGACGAAGCAGCUCACAACUAAAACUAACUGGCUAAGAACUUCCAGAUCCAGGCAUGAUAAGGAGAUAAUUGUGCGCAAUAUCAUGUUGACUUUGAAGAUGCGUUACUCAAUAAAUUUCUCGACUACAGCUUCUGGUACCGGGCACUUUUCUGAUGCCGUAUUUGCUUUGGCCGCUCACCGGUUACGUCCUGCGACGGCUGUUGCGGCUGUAUAACUCGUUUAUUCCCUUCACGGACGACGUAUGGUCAGCCCGUAUUCAAGAGGUCAGGAAAGCAGAGCUGCACUGCGAGCCGCCGAUGGUUUACCUCGCCUGGGAUUACGCGGUCAACUUCACACUACCGCUCUGCUGUGUGCUGAUGUAAGUGUAGUUUAUUUGUCACUCUCACUUCAUAAACAUAUAUAACUCCUUCAAAACCUCCCUCGGGUGGCGUCCUUCUGCUUAAAAACGGAAUUGCGUCAUGAAAUAUCUUCUUUAUCUUUUCUUUUUCCCUGUGCAGCCUGGGCGCGGCAUCAAAGGUUCAAGGCCCCAAAGUGGCUGCUGGUUGAAGAUGAUCGAACUGAAGAAACAAAUAAGUAAGUAAAUCAACCGCCCUAAGAAAUAAGAAGAUCCUUGCUAACAAUCGAUCUUGACAGGUCAUACCUGGCCUGCCCGACAUUCAUACAUUUGCUGUUUUGGAAUCUGAUCCUGUGGGCCGUGUGGAUGUAUUUCAGCCAGAAAUAUUUGCACCUGAUGUCGUCGAAAUUGACCUUCUACACGAGCGCGCGGCUUUAUGGAUGUGUCAGGUUUGAAAUCGUCAGAGACAGAGUUGAAAUAGUUUGUCAUGCAUAAAAUGGAUGCCAGUUGGAGCCCAGUUUUCAAGUGGCGCAUGACAAGUUUGGUGGUGCCUAAAUCCAGUUUGUAAUGCUGUUUGGGUAAGGAAGACGCCUUUUGUCAUGCUACUUUAGCAGCUCUAUUUCUGCCCCUCAACAGGCUUGCAAUAUGCCUCCCUUGCCUACUCUGCAAGACAGGCGCUUUGCGGGUUGCAUUUUAUGUAUCACAAAUUAAAAUUAUUUCAACUUUGACGAUUUCAAUCCUGACGCUUCCAUAGGCUUUCCGUGGUGUCACUAGAGAUGUUCGCCGUCAUCAUCGGGUUCCUCGCUGGCAGCAUACCGUGGUGGCAGUACCGAACCGAGAAGUUUUUUAACCAGUUACAAAUCAAGCUCUCACACUAUCAAAAAGAAAAAAGCUGGUAGGGGAUCAUUUGAUUGUAAAAUGCCCUGACGAGGGGGGUGUUUAUGCUAUGCAGCGCAGAUCUUUUCAUGUAUCUGUUUGUUUUUGCAUCAAUUUAUUGUGCCGUGCUAGCUCUUUUCUCUGCGACACGCAUCUGACCCCGGAGGAGGAGGAUAAGAUUGCGGACAUCCUCGCCGCCUCGAGGUUCCCGCUGGACAAGUUUUUAGGCUACUUCUUCACAGCGGCUGGGCUUUACCUGUUCCUGCUGCGGUUUGCGGUGCGCCCCCUAUCAAAUGUAAAAGUGUCUGGGUCUGGAAGAUUGCGAGACUUGUCAUGCUUGUCUGGCAUGAUAAAAAAGUUUGUGGUGUGUGUCCAAGAAGAGACGCUUUUGCCUGUCAUGCAAAAACGCAGUUUCUCAUGCGAAAAACGCAACACAAAGCAGCGCAGAUAUUUCUCAUGCGUGCCUGUGCAUUACAGAGCAUUCACUAUUCCCAACGCAGCAUUACAAGUUUCCAGACCCCGACAUUUUUACAUUUGAUACCCCCGGCAGGUCAGCCACGAGAUGCAAGCCGAGGGAGACGGGGUGCAUUUCAGUAUCAAAUGUAAAAAUGUCUGGGUCUGGAAGAAUCCUGCUGCUUUUGCAUGACACAGAAGGUCUGGCAUGGAAGCUCUAGCAUCACAGGUCUCGAGAAGCGUUCGCAAUGCAGAAUCCGCAUGACAAGUCUCUGACUUUGGUGACAGAAAAUGGGCAACUUUUGCUGCCUAUGCAUGAGAGAUUUUUCUGUGUUGUGAAAUGCGCAUCACAAGUUUCAACCUUCCAGACCCAGACACUUUUGCAUUUGAUAUGCAGGGACGUGGAGCGAAAACUGGGCUUCAACUUCGAGAACACGAACCCCGUGGUCACGCUGAAGUUAUCAAAUGUAAAAAUGUCUGGGUCUGGAAGAUUGCCAGGUUUGUCAUGCACGUUUUGCAUGACUCCUGAUGUCUGUGAUGCAUGCCCUAGCAUCACAGAUUUUGUGAGGGCUUCCUGAUGCCUACAUCGCAUGGCAAAUGCUCUUUCCGUGUAGCAACACUUGGACUCUCUUUGCUGCUCAUGCAAUACAGAUUUUUUUAGAAUCCAAAAUCAGGAUGACAAGUUGGAUUCUUCCAGACCCAGACAUUUUUACAGUUGAUAGAAGUCGCACUUCUGCAAGGAAGAGUGCCAGUCCAUCCUGGCCCGGCGGGGGGGCAAGUCCAUCAUGCCCUUUCGGGUCGGCAAACAGUAUCUGCUAUCAAAUGUAAAAAUGUCUGGGUCUGGAAGAGUGUAGACUUGUCAUGCAGAUUUUCCAUGACCCAUGAGGUCUGGAAUGCGGGACUUAGCAUGACAGACUCUGCGAAGCCUCUGGCAUUCCUAUUCUGCAUGAGAAACUCCGUUCCAACUUGGUCAAAAGUGGACAGCUUUUGGCACUCAUGCAACACAGAUUUUUGCAUGCUUCAGAUUUACCAUGACAAGUUGCAAUCUUCCAGACCCAGACAUUUUUACAAUCCAUAUCUGCACUUUUCCUAUGACGUGGACCUCAUGGAAGGCCGCAUGGGGGACAUGUGGGACAUGGGUCAGACCGCCAUCGCAAAAGGGUCCAGCGAGCUGCACGAUCGCGCCAUAUCAGAGUGCAUAACAAGAAUUCUUACACCCUCUCUCCUUUCGCUCGAUUUUGUAGGAGGACUUGAAUCCUAGUAACAGUUGUUGUAUCACUUGCACUUCGAUUUCAUCCCCUGGUGCUGGUCAUGCAAUUACUUAUGCAGUGCCGGCGCGCAGAAAAGAAAAAAAAACUGCUGCGACAGAAGUUGUUGGCUCUUUGCAACUUUGCGUGUAAUGAUGACCGCGGAAGAUGUAAGUUUAGUUGUGGUGCACUUUGAUACGCCGGCUCGAUGGUGGAGAUGUUCGAAUCGGUGCCCAAAUUCAACCUUAUGAACUUUCGUGCCAGCUAAGAAGUUCCGUGGUGCUCGGUGAUGAACAAAGUACUCAAGCAGCUGCAUGCGUUUGUUCCGUGGUGGACGGCGAUGCGAGUGCUGCCGCUGUUGUGGGUCAAACGGUUCAUCGUUGUGAACCUUCUGCGACGAGACCACGGAGCGCUUCCGGAGCCUCAGCACGGUCCUCAUAUCAAGCAUGAAGUUCUUGGACCUUGUUCCCAUGAGGAAAGGAUAAGGAAAGAGUAAAGGGUUACUUGCUUGUUUGCUUUGAAUGCUACGAGAAGAGUAAGAGAAAAACCAUGUUGAUAGAUUAGAUAAUGUGCGUAAAAAUAGUAUCGAUGUAUGUUCCUGGCUGGUUGCGCCUCCAGUCCGCCAGCAAGAAAGAAAAACUACGGAGGCGUAUUCAUUGAGCGUGGCCGAUGAACGUACAGAAAGAGACGACAAUAUACUUUGUCUGAGAACACUCGCCGCGGCGCUGGGGCUGGCGAUUAAAAUGGCAAUGCUUGUUGACAGACGUGGUUAUCCGCAGGCUUCACUAAAUGUACUGCGUUUUGAUUGUUUUGAACUUUCUGAC